AUGGUACAAUGCAAAUGUCCAGAGAGAGUCGAAGAAAGUGCAUGUGCUACGCGCCGUCUUCCUGCAGCGUGCUCCAACUGGGAUAAAUCUUGGGCAUGGCUCACCAAAGUAGACUGCGGGACAAAAUAUAGAUUGGAUUAUGUGACGGUGCCACCGCGGGAAGCCGUGACAUACAGGAUAGAAUAUGUGUGCUGUGCUGGAGAUACCAAGUGUGAGUCUGCUAAAGGUUUAGUGACCUCAGAUGAGAAGUUCCUGGCCAUCGUCCUGGGCUCCACGGCCGCCGCCCUCCUCAUCCUUGUGUUAGUCAUCACAAUCAGCUUCUGCCACAAGAGGAGACAACUAAGGUGCCCUGUGGUGUGUGAUAGUGGCAGCCACAUAUACGAAACUGCUGAAGAUAUUGAUGAGGCAGCCGAACUCCAAGGCACCAGAGGAACGUGUGUCGAUGAGACAACCAACAAGAUCUGUGAAUCGGGAGUACGAGGAAAUCCGUGACUGUAAACGCGAUAUGGGGGACAGCGGUGAUGGUCUCCCAAGAUAUGCUGAUAUCUUUAGUGACAAGAAAAAACUUGCUCAAGAAUUGGGAGUAGACCCCCCUUUUGCAGGAGAUGCAUUUAACCGAGCCACUGCACCCCCCGCUAACCAGUGAGGACCCUGAUUCCGUGUCUCAGAACUGUGAUGUACAGGACGUGUUGAGUGGCACUGCCAAAAUUCUAGCCACGGAGACGGACACUUUACAGUGCACUGUGGAAGAUAGUGAUAGAAUUUAUUACAACAUUGCCCCUGAGAAGGACAGUGUGGAUAUGCAAGAAAGUGGGCCAUGUGAUGAGGGUGCUACUGUGCCUAAUGGGGAAGAAACAGUUUGUGGUAGUUCCGAAUGCAAAUCAAACACUGAUUGCUCAAAUUAUGAUCAGCUUAUAGAACCAGACACUCUCAGUGAUGUGGACUGCCAUGAGUACCAGAAACUUGUGGAUUUAUCAGAAGCUGCUUCACAGAAUGCGAAUGCAAAUGACAAGUGUAUAGUAGAGCCUAGCCAAACCCAAGUGACAAUGAAUGGACACCUGGAAGCACAGAGCUGCUAACCCUGGGUUGUAGGCACUGUGCGAUGUGUGAAUAUGUUGAAAGGUACUGAUCACCGUAACUCUAUGUACAGUCCUUCCUCAUCCACUUAAGCUCCUGUGUAGUCAUCAGGAAUAGGCACAUACCUAACGAGCGAGGAGCAAGGGCUGGCCGUGUGCAUUCUGUAUCAUAGACUUCUAUAGUUCGAUAGUCAUGGUGCACAAUGUCUGUCUCACUGUGAGGAAGCGACUGUCAUCAAUUAUCACCCAGGUUCUUGUUUUCAUUAUCUGAAAUUUUGCUACUGAAUAUUUUGAAAAUUAUGCCAUGGCUUUUUAUCCAUUAUCAGCUCAAUAGUGUCAAUGAUAUUGUCCUUCCGAUACACUUGUAUUCAUGGUCCAUUAGACAGUUUCCAUAAUUGAAUAAGUUGCAAAAAGGAUUCCUGUUGUUGAGUGAAACAGGGUUCCAGGAUAAUUCAUUUUACAUGUCAUUGACCGAUUUGUUUUAUUUUGGUAAUAUAAUAGUGAAAAAUGCCCCUUCAAAAGUGGAUAGAACUAUAAAAAUGGCUACCAGCAUUUUUCAUCAAUUCUUGUCAUGAAAUAAUGUAUGAUAAAUUGCCAGCUUAGCCAGCCAAUGAUGGCAGCUCUUCCUCAUUUCCAUGAAUAAAAGGACACCAUUUCUAUCACUCGUCCAAGGAGUCCAUCUUGGAAUCUGUAUAUACUUCAAGACACAUUACACCAUGACUAUCUGCUAUACAGCAUCACAUUAUGGUGAAUAGAUCUACUCCAUGUCUCUCCUGGAUAGGAUAUAUAUUCUACAUGGUGACAGCAUGAGCCAUAUGUGAGGAAGACUUCUGCUGAGUGUAUAGAUUUAUUUUAUCAUCUCUGUGGAGAAUUUAAAUGUAUAUGCUUUUAUUGGUUUGUGUUCUGUUUGUAAGUUACAUGUUUUUCUAACCUACAGGAAUUCUUGAUGUAAAUAAGAGUCCAAGAGCACCUGUAUAUGUAUCUUACAGACGCAACUAAGGGUUGCAAGGCAUUUGAUGUUAGUACUGAAAUCUAUAUUUUCUUUAGUACUAUAAUCUACUUUUAGAUUGUAACAAAAGAAAUGACUGUUUCCUUACUCUUCAUGCCAAGAAAGAUGAAUUUUUUUAUCCUAAACAUUUCUCAGUUUCUUCCAAGGCACAGGUUGCCAGGUGGUCUAUGAUGUUGCAAUUACAUUGCAGAGUUGCAUCCCUUGGUACUGUAAGGAUAUGCUCAUCAUUGGUGCUUAUACCAAAUUCACCAAACUUGUGAUAAUUGGUCUGUGAGCACUGCGCUGUGGGUGUCAGUAAAGUGACAAAUGUCUGUCCUGAAUUUAUCUGACAUGCAGACACAUAACUGAAACGCUGUUUAAUUCUGCUAUUAUCCUGAUUCACUCAUUCUUUAUCACACAACUGGUUUUAUUCUAAAAGCCUACUUCAAAGUAAAUGCAAUCUACAAAUAUUUUGUUUCUGAGCAGAAAGUUCAAUGUAAUCCAUCAUGAAAAGCCAAAAAGUCUUAUUUACUUGUUCGGUUUUGCCUAAUAGGUAAUACGUUUGGUUAUUACAGCUUGGUUAUGAUGACACGAUGCUGCGUGUGUAGCAGAUGUCGCCAUCAUUAGCUGAACGUAAGUUGAUACCACACUGCCAGACAUCAUAAGUGUGUCAUUUCUUGUGCAGGCAAUCACGACUGCACCGUCGUCAUAUGUGCAGGCAGUCACAACUGUGUUGUUGUCUAAGGAGGUGACAACGAUUGUCACUGAUUGUAAAUGUGACAAUAGACGUGUCACUGGCUGUGUCAUUGACUGUUGAGGUGAUAACAGCUAGUUCUCAGAGCAAGUCAUGUGUGACGUACAGCAUCUCAUGGAUCUUCUGUUAUCAUCUUCAGAAUUUAUCAUAACACAAGUAGAUACUUAUCCUUCAUCUGGAACAGCAUCCAGACCAUAGAUGAAUGCUUUCAAGUUAUCGAUGUGUUCAUUAAGAAAACAUUGAGAAAGUGUACUGUACCAUGAUGCUACCGUAACUAUGGAAACCAGCCCUAGGUGCCUACCAACAUAUUCCAUGUAGGGUUGUCAAGCACUGCAGUGGAGAACUCGGACAACAUGAUUGCCAAUUCUUAAAUUCUCAGUAUUUUAUAGUACAGAUAUGCCUCUGUUGCUUAAUAACAAAAACAAUUUUGUUUUGCUCUUAUAGAAUUUGUUGGACAUUAGUAGUCACAGGUGUUGUUACAUAUUUCAUAGAAGAGUAAUUGUUUGAGUUACAAGCAAACAUUUGUUGAAGAUAUUUUUUGUAAGAUUGUUAGUUUUAAUUAAAUGAGGAUAUGCUUAAACCUUUGGGGAUAUUUAUUGAACAAAAUGACACACAAUGUGAUAAUGUAUAAAACCUAUGUAUUUAUUUCAUUUGUAUUUAUGAAACAACUAAACAUUCUUUUCUUCAUUGAUGAUGAUGUUAGGUUGGUGUUUACAUUGUUACUAUGGUUACCACAGGAUGUGAUAUUUAUUGGUUUAUUUUUGCAUUUCAUUCAUCGAGGGAGGACUGUAAUGUUGUUCCACUGUAAUCUAAAAUACAUCAGUGUUAAAUUGUUACCUUGAGAAUGUUCAACUUAACAUUGAAUUAAAGACACAUGGUCAUGCUGGUGCACCAAGACUAAUCAUUCAAUGUGUGCAUGAUCUGUGAACAAAUGUGUGUGGCUGUUGCACAUGAUGACAGAGAGCCCAAAUAUGUGUGUAUAAAAACACAAACAUUCCAGGCGAAUUGAUCAACAUAUUUGGGUAAAACUGCCUUUGAUUUUAACUAAAACAUCAUCAUCAGAACCAUUGAAGUACAGUUGAUUCCAUGUGCAUAUUUCCUUAUUUGUAGUCAUGUUUUAUAUUACCUUUUCUUAGUUCGUAGCUCACCUGGCUGAAAGUCAAGUUAGCUCAUGCAUUGGCUGUUUGUCUGGCAUCAGCUUUGGUCAUCUCUUAAGCAAAUUAAGCAUCUUCUGCAGAAAUCUCUGGACCAAUGAAGCUGAAACUUUCCAUAUUGAUCUAAGCAGUGGGAAUGUAGGUUCCAUAUUUGGGGUAUAUUUCCAAUUUUGAUCUUGACAUGCGCUUGGCACAGCAACAAUUUUGCCAGAGCGAGAAGCUGAAAUUAUAAAUGUUUUGAUAUCCUUUCAUUGACCUAUGUUGUUCCAAAAUUUGUGCUUUUACCAUAUUUAUUUUAAUCAAGCUUAAGAAAUAUAGUAUUAAUUUAGUCACUGGUUUCAUAUUUGAAUAGCAAUGCUGGCAGCACAUUUCGGAUGUCUUUGUUAACCAUUGACCAAUACCCAGGUGAGCUACAGUACUGUAGGAUCUGUUUUUGCAUAUGUUUUGAGACCCCGCUGACUAAAAUAACUUACCUGUAACUGCAUACUGAAAGCAAUGAUAUGGUGUCAUAUUAAAAAGGGCUUUUAAAUCAUAUAUUAAUUGCUUAAUAUUUCCAUAAAUGGUAAGACUUAUACAUAACAUCAUUCCUCAAAUGUCUCAGCAUGGCAACUGAUACAUUAAAGAAUUAUAAAAAAUAGGUAUUUAGUUUUCUGUUGCAUACUGGAACUUGUUAGAGGUUAAAAGAGUUUUACAUUAUGUUGUGUUCUUCAGAUAUAAUCCAGGUAAAAUAUUUGUGACAAAGGUAUGCAGUGACUUGACUGAACUACAAUGUCAUGGUUUAUUUUGUUUCUUUUCAUCUUGACAAAUGUGCAUGUGUUCAUCAUAUUAAUUACUUUUGGAUCUUUGACCUCUAAGGUCACAGUAAGAUCUCGUGCAAUAUCUUUUCCUGUGCAAUUGAUCAUGUUGAUUAAAUAUUUAAUCUGCAAACUGCCUAUCUUUGUACUGAUCGGCUUUAAAAAUCAUUAAAGGUGCAGUGUUUUAUCA